AGCUAGCAAUGUCAUGCAAAGUCAAAGUUUCUUGAUGGCAAAGCUGAUAAACAAGACAGACCAUGGACUUGGCUCUGUUUUCCCCUGUUUUUUCCUUGUACAGAUCUUUUGGACCACAUGACAUACUCAGCCACACCAAAUUUUCGGACAUGUUUGAAUACAAUGUGAAAGCUCGUACCGGAGUAUGGAGAAGGCAAUCAAACAUGGAAUCAAAGGGUUCGGAUUGGGAUGAAACAGAGUUCUGCUUAUCCUGUUUAAUUGACUUGCUAGUUUAAAAACUUUGUUCAAAUUUUAACUUGGAGACUAGCCUAGAAUCGGAAUAUAAGCAGGAUUUCAUUUGCAUACUUGCUGAGCAGGGGUCCUUGGCUCGAAAUUUGUUUACAUCGGUGCCAUCACAUCAAGGUAACAUACUCAAUUAUUUAUCUUGACAUCGCUAGCUCUGUUUAUUUCUUCUUCAUGCAUGAGAUGGCAGCGCUCACGGCCUCACAGUUGUGAGUUGAGGAACAGUCUUGCACCGCAUGUCCUGACUCCUGAGCAAGAAUCCAUUCAACUUUCCUCCCUUCCGGUAUCGGACGUACAUACGUGUCAGGCCCAAAAAUAGGGCAGCGCGGGGUCCUGCAUAGGCCAUUUCCGCCACUCGCUCGUCCCCGAUCGCACCAGCACGGAAUCAAUUGCUGAUCGGGGAAUGCAAAGUUCUUCUGCGUGCGGCAGUCGAUCAACGACGAGUUCACGCACGCACGUACGUCACGUGUUCUUGAAUCGUCGGGUCGGCCGGCGUUCAACAUUGGUUAAUUAAUUUGCAGCAGCGCCUGAUCGGACGCGCGCAGCGGGGCGAUCCAUGGCGAGCUACGCGUGCCGGCGGCCGUGCGAGUCCUGCCGCACGAGGGCGAUGGCGGGCGGCGUGGUGGGCGAGCCGACGACGCCGGGGCAGAGGGUGACGGUGCUGACCAUCGACGGGGGCGGCAUCCGGGGCCUCAUCCCGGGCACCAUCCUCGCCUUCCUCGAGGACAGGCUCCAGGAGCUGGACGGGCCGGACGCGAGGCUGGCGGACUACUUCGAUUGCAUAGCCGGCACGAGCACCGGCGGGCUCAUCACGGCCAUGAUCACCGCGCCCGGCGAGGAGGGGCGCCCGCUCUUCGCCGCCGAGGACAUCAACCGCUUCUACCUCGACAACGGCCCGCAAAUCUUCCCCCAAAAGAGGAGCUCGCUGAUGUCGGUGCUGGCGUCGCUGACGCGGCCGAGGUACAACGGCAAGUUCCUGCAUGGCAAGAUCAGGAGCAUGCUGGGCGAGACGAGGGUGUGCGACACGCUCACGGACGUCGUCAUCCCCACCUUCGACGUCAGGCUCCUCCAGCCCAUCAUCUUCUCCACCUACGACGUACGUGCUACGUUUAUUCAUUCAUUUAGGAUCCAUCCAUCCAUCCUGGAUCAAACAGACCGAUCUAAUUUUGACUUCCGUGCAUGCAUGCAGGCCAAGAGCAUGCCCCUGAAGAACGCGCUGCUCUCCGACGUGUGCAUCAGUACGUCCGCCGCCCCGACCUUUCUCCCCGCGCACUACUUCCAGACCGAAGACGACAACGGCAAGGUGCGCGAGUACAACCUCAUCGACGGCGGUGUCGCCGCCAACAAUCCGACGAUGGUUGCCAUGACUCAGAUCACCAAGAAGAUAAUGGCCAAGGACAAGGAGGAGCUGUACCCGGUGAAGCCGUCGGACUGCGGCAAGUUCCUGGUGCUGUCCAUCGGGACGGGUUCGACGUCCGACCAGGGGCUGUACACGGCGAAGCAGUGCUCCCGGUGGGGCAUCAUCCGGUGGCUCCGGAACAAGGGCAUGGCGCCAAUCAUCGACAUCUUCAUGGCCGCCAGCUCCGACCUCGUGGACAUCCACGCCGCCGUGCUCUUCCAGUCGCUGCACAGCGACGGCGACUGCUACCUCCGCAUCCAGGACAACUCGCUCCGGGGCGCCGCCGCCACGGUGGACACGGCCACGCCGGACAACAUGAGGGAGCUCGUCAGGAUCGGCGAGAGGAUGCUGGCGCAGCGGGUGUCCAAGGUCAACGUGGAGACCGGGCGCUACGAGGAGAUGCAGGGCGCCGGGACCAACGCCGACGCGCUAGCGGGCUUCGCCAGGCAGCUGUCUGACGAGAGGAGGGCCAGGUUCGGCCCACGGGACGGCGCGCCGGCGAAUGGCAAAUCAAGAUGCUGAUCUUCUUCUUGUAAUGGUUUUUUUGUACGUGUUGGAACGUGUCAGCGAUGUACAGAUCUCGUUCGACAGUACGGCGUUGUUAGCGAUGGUUUUAUAUUUUGAACGCGAUCUCUUUUGGACGGCCCAGGAAAACAU